AUGGAAGAAAGGCUCGGAGUGAAAAGAUGCCAUAGAUACUCGGAGUACAGUUACGAAGCCAAGGAAUGCAAAGGGGCAGACCUCACCAAACAAUGCUAUAGGUGCGGAAAGGAGGACCACAAACUAAAAGAAUGCAAGGAGGCGCCAGAAAGAGCACAAAGCUGGAUCGAGCAAGUGUGA